GGUUGAUUAAUAAGAAUAGCAUUGUAGUUGUGUAGCAAAUAGAAUGCUUUGUGAGAAGAAUUUUAUGCUAAGUUGUAUGAGACCACGUGGAAAUGCAAAGGUUAGCCAUGAGAUUGGUGAAAUCAACGAAAAGGACUGUAAAAAGAACCCAUCUUUAAAGAAAAGAUCUCAUAUAUACAUUCUUAGUUUUUUUAUUUGGUUGGUAUUUGGGUUCAUGAUUUACCAUUUUUGUAAUGGAUAUAUUAUGUUCCUUUUGCCUGUAUCUGCGUUUUUAUUACCUUUUCUUAGUUUCCGACAUCGAUUUGAGGGAAAAGGCGUGUCGUCUCUGAGGCGCAAUGUGGCACCUGUCCACUCUGGCGGUUUCGAGACUGUGAUCGACGAUUUUUCUGAAAAUUACUCCGAGUCCGAAUGGGAGGAGUUUUUUGACCUUAUGGGGUAUCUCGACCCGAAGUCUGUGGACAAAGUCGUCCUUCGCACUCCGCAAAUGCCACAGAACCCGUCUGGCCCGGACAGUUGUCUGAACCCUGACGGUCUUCCCCCAACGGCGGCACCAACAGCUGCUGUUUCCUUCACCUUCUCUCAACAGCACGCGCUGCUGGUCCGAAUGAAGGGGUUGGGGACCCCCAGCGCUCUGCGGUGUGUUUUUGAUGAUGCCCAUCGCACUCGAGUUAUGGGCUUCCGUCCCGCAAGGCCUCGUGUGUGCUGCUUGUGCGGUAGUGGGGAUCCUUUUGAGCAAUGCUGCGCUCCCGUGAAAGAGGCGUUGAGGACGAUUUUAAUGCGUACUGGGGAGUAACUGGCACAGACAACUUUAUUUUCAAUUACUAUAUUGCUAUCUAUUUUUUUUAUACCUUUUUCCUCACUCCACAAUUUAAGUUUGCUUUUGUAAUAU